GUUUUCUCCAUGCUCUUGGGAAGCCCAACGGGUAGUCAACAUGUUCAACAACGAUACAUAACGAUAACGUUCUAGGUUACUCUUUAUAAUCUGCUUGUUCUGUAUGGAUAUCUGUAUGACCCUGAGCUCACUGGAAAUCCAGCUUAACCCAAGAGAGACAUUUACCUGCUAUCUUUGUCUUUCGUGGCUUUUGAAAGAAAAAGCUACUGAGCUUUGGAUCCUGCAGUUGCUCUCAAUAUUCUAGCACUGCCUUCUCCAGUCCUCUCCCAAUUAAUCCAAGCCGUCAUUCGUCUCCAGGUCCUAGAAUGCGGUGAGGAGAAAAUCCUGACGCUAACCGAGACAGAACAAGUCAAAGCUUUAGCUGCCCAGUUUGUUAAGCUGCUCCGUUCCCAGAAGGAGAAAUGCCUCCUGAUGGCAGACGUCCUGGCGGAAUACGCCAAAACGUUCGGCUACCCGUUGCGUCUCCAGGACUACGAUGUUGGCUCCGUUCCGGCUCUGAUGCAGAAACUUUGCCACGUCAUCAAAGUGGCCGAUACAGAAUCUGGGAAACAGCUUCAGCUGAUCAAUAAAAAAUCCCUCCGGACUCUCACUUCCCAUCUUCUGGUGCUUCUCAUGACCCUGGAUGAAGUCACCAUGGUUUCCGUUAAGGAGUUGAAGAGGCGUUACGAGGUUGUCCAGGGGACUGUCCUUAACCCAUGUGAAUAUGGCUUCAUGACCUUUAUCGAGCUUCUGAUGAGCGUGCCUUAUUUUAUCGAGGUUUUUAUUGAUGGUGGUGCAGAAUAUGUGAAGCUUACAGACCUGUAUAUUUUUGCCAAGAAAGUGAGACUUCUGCUCCAUACCUACCACUACCAACAGAUCUUCCUCCAUGAGUUCCCAACAGCCUACAGCAAAUACACAGGGGAAGCCCUUCAUCCCAAUACCUAUGGCUACAAUAACCUUGAGGAACUUCUAGGCGCCAUUCCAUCGGUAGUAUGGAUAAAAGGCCACGGCCAUAAGAGGAUUGUGGUUCUGAAGAACGACAUGAAAACUCGUUUUAGCUCCCCCAGUCUUCCCCUGGCUGACGAAAAUGACGAAAAUGAACUUGCCGAUGGUGACAGACAAUCCACAAAGGCAACAAGAAUGGACAAAUCCUUAGAUUUGAUUCUGGAAGCACCCAACAUUGUCUCUAGUCAAACGGAGGAGGAGCUGCUGUGCCUCACCAACGCAUCACCCGUGGAUCUUUUAUGCGAACCGGUCCCUUCCUGCCUUCCCUCCCCGCAGCUGAGACCAGAUCCAGUGGUCCUUGAAUCAACAGAUCUCAUCCGUUUCGAAGAGCAUUCACCGAUCCCUUCCG